AUGGCUGACCACUUGAGAGCUAUGGAGAAAGAAGCGAACGAAUACUUCAGACGUUCAGCUAGUGGGACGAACAACAUUCGGAAUGGCGGAUCGGGUCGUGAGUUAUACUCGAACCAGAGAGGUUGGCUGCCGCCGGUCACGAAGUUCGGCCCCUGGAAGAAAGCUGCUGGCGAGCUUGACGCUGAAUCCCAGGGGCAGAACAGAGCUCCGCAAGCCACGAAUUUUACGUCGUACUAUCUUACCUGCACACCAACAGACGGACGGAUCCCUAUACUGAUUCAAGCACGCGCCACCUCCGUUAACUCGGACAAUAAGUCCUUUGACAUGCUUCAGAAAGCUGUCAAAAGUCUCAGGAAGUUGUUUGGAGGUAUUUUAGUGCCCCACAAAUUUUUCUACAUCACUGCAAUUGCCAGCCAGCGAAGUCAGGCCCGAUGCCCACUCGAAGAGUCUUGCAAGCCUCACUCCCCGGUCCAGUUGUGA